GGAGGCGGGUUCUGGGAUUGCAACAAGUGUUUGGGGUGUCCUGUGGGGAGAUAUCCUUCUGUGGAAACUCUCAGGACGUCCUACAGAUCUGUGGAGAGGAGAAGCAGCGCGGACAUCGACUUUUACCCACCGAGCGUCUGUGAGCGUAACCAGCAGAAAGUUUUAUUUGUGAAGACCCACCGACAGCAGCCAGCCAGCAUGACUAAUGGAUCCAUACCAACUAUUGACCCGAGCUGCAAGCAGCCGCCUCCUCUCGCCAUCGACAUCAUCCUCAAGUUGGACAUCUUCGGCAUCAUUCUGUACUCCGUCCUCACCUUCAUGGCUGCCAUGUCUAUGCUGAUCUACAUAGAAGAGUGUAUCUACAUCUAUAGGAAAGUGCCCAACAAUAAGAAGAGUGUUAUCAUCUGGGUGAAUGGGGCAGCACCGGUGAUUGGUACCAUGUCAUGUAUGGGAAUGUGGAUCCCCAAAGCUACCAUGUUUACUGAUAUGUUCUCUGCCUGUUACUUUUCCAUCGUGGUGUUCAAGUUCCUGAUCCUGAUGCUGGAGGAGGUUGGGGGUGAUGAGGCCUUCUUGAAGCGAGCAGGGAAACAUACUCUAAGGAUCAGCACAGGGCCGUGCUGCUGCUGCUGCCCAUGCCUUCCACAUGUUGCUAUCACACGGCGCUCCCUCUUCCUGCUCAAACUCGGCUCCUUCCAGUUUGCUCUCCUGAAACCGGUCUUCACCAUCCUCUCCAUCGUUCUCUGGACCAAUGGGACUUUUGACUUGGCUGAUUUGAACAUUACCGGAUCUGCCAUAUGGAUCAACCCCUUUGUGGGCGUCCUGACAAUCAUAGCGCUGUGGCCCGUGGCGAUCAUGUUCAUGCACCUGAAGACUGCCCUGCGCACACUCAAGAUCAUCCCCAAGUACGCCAUGUACCAGUUGGUGCUGAUCCUGAGCCAGCUUCAAACAGCCAUCAUCAACAUCUUGGCCUUAAAUGGAACCAUAGCAUGUGCUCCACCCUUCUCUGCUGCUGCUAGAGGAUACAUGAUGAGUCAGCAACUUUUGAUCCUGGAGAUGUUCAUCAUCACACUGGUGACACGUCUGCUAUACCGCCGACAGUACGACCCUUUACCUGAAGAAGAACAAGAUGACAAUGAAAACACAAAAAUGGCUCCGGUGCCGUGAGGCUGCAGCUUGAAUACUGAGUGUGUUUGUUUAUAAGUGUGUGUGUGUGUGCGUGUGAGCGAGAGUGUGUCAUUUUUAUUCCCCACAUGUAUUUGAUUAUGAGAUUAUAUAUAAAUAAAUACAAUUAUGAAUUAUA